AGGAAAAGUUACAUCCAAGAAAUCUUAUCCCAGAGCUUUGUAGAUUGUUUUAUGACUUAGGCUGGGUAACAGGAACUGGUGGAGGAAUCAGCUUGAAGCAUGGGAGUCCAAAAGGAAAGAAUACAGCCAGAAGAUAUAUUUGUUUGUGACAUGAAUGAACGGGACAUCAGUGGUCCACCACCACACAAGAAACUAACGAAAAGCCAGUGCACACCUCUUUUUAUGACUGCCUACACUAUGAGAGGGGCAGGCGCAGUGAUACAUACUCAUUCCAAGGCUGCUGUUAUGGCUACCCUUCUUUACCAAGGGAGUGAGUUCAGUAUUACCCAUCAGGAGAUGAUAAAAGGAAUCCAAAAGUGUACUUCAGGAGGCUAUUACCGAUAUAAUGAUACGUUAGUGGUUCCCAUUAUUGAGAAUACACCAGAAGAGAAGGAUCUCAAGGAAAGAAUGGUACAUGCAUUGGAAAAAUACCCAGACUCUUGUGCUGUUUUGGUCAGACGCCAUGGAGUUUACGUAUGGGGAGAAACAUGGGAAAAAACUAAAACGAUGUGUGAGUGUUACGAUUACUUGUUCGACAUCGCAGUGCAGAUGAAGCAGCAUGGGUUAGAUCCUUCAAAACAUCCAGCAGGAGAAAAUAAGAUCUUGUAAAUGACAACAACAUUUACAUU